AUGAAAGAGAAAGAUGAAGAGCUUACUCUAUUUCUCGAGAUGCGAAGACGGGAAAUAGAGAGAGAAAAGAAUAAUCUUCUUCUUAACGGCUCGGCAGAUGGACCUGAAGCUCCUUUAGGAUUAGGAAGUAAUAGUCAUGGAGGAGGUUCACCGGUUUCUAAGAAGAUAUUACUGUCGUCAAUUGUGCCGCCGCCGCGAAAGACUGCUGCUGAGAAGUUCUUGGAUUCAGAGAAUGAUAAAUCUGAUUAUGAUUGGCUUCUUACACCACCUGGAACCCCUCUCUUUCCUUCUUUGGAGAUGGAAUCGCAGAAAACUGCAAUGAGCCAGAUUGGGAUGUCUAAUGCUCGUCCCAUUGCUCUCAAGUCAAGGCUGACAAAUAUCCAGGAAGAACCUGCAUCAAGAACUAAUGUAGCAUCUAAGGGGACAACUUUGCCAUCGGGACUGAGCUCCAUGAGUGCUGGUAACAGGAGGUCCACAUCGGCUGGAGGACAAAGAUCUGCGUCUAGAACUGCAACACCCACAGGGCGACCCUCUUUAUCUACAACAGCUAAGCCUUCAAGAGCUUCUACACCCACAUCACGGUCCACCUUGCCUUCUAUGAAGUCUGUUGCUCCUCCAGUGAGAUCCUCAACUCCUACUAGAACCACCGCACGUUCUUCAACACCAACUACCAGACCAUCUCUUCCUGGUUCCAAGGCAACUUCCAGAUCAGCAACUCCAACCCGCCAAUCAUCAACUCCUUCGAGUGCAACUAGUGUGGCUACUGUUCCUGGUCAGUCUUCUUCAGUGACUAAGUCGGUUCCUGCCACAUUGAAAAAUCCAUUGCCAUCACGUGGCAUUUCUCCAACAGUAAAAUCUAGGCCUUGGAAACCUCAAGAGAUUCCUGGUUUCUCUCUUGAUGCUCCACCAAAUUUAAGGACAUCAUUGCCAGAAAGGCCAGCUUCAGCCUCUAGAGAUAGGCCUGGGGGUCCAAGUGCUCGAUCAGCUUCAGUCUCUAGUGAUAGGACUGGAGGUCCAAGUGCUCGGCCAGCUUCAGCCUCGAAGGAGAGGCCUGGGGGUCAAAGUGCUCGGCCGGCUUCAGCCUCUAGGGAGAGGCCUGGAGGUCAAAGUGCCCGUCCAGCUUCCACCUCCAGGGAGAGGCCGGGAGGUUCAAGUGCUCGACCAGCUUCAGCUUCCAGGGGUAGGCCUGGAGGUCCAAAUGCUCGAUCAUCUUCCACUGAUGCUGGUUCCAUUGGAAGACCGAGACAACAAUCACGCUCACCCUCUAGAGGAAGGGCUCCUACUGGUAAUGCACAAGGUAACCGGAUCUCCAUUCCUACAAGGAGCAGAAUUCAGACCAAUGGCAGUAAUGAUGUGAACCCAGGGCUAAUGGGAACAAAGAUGGUUGAAAGAGUGGUAAACAUGAGAAAACUGGCACCACCAAAGCAUGAUGACUAUCACUGCACCCUCAAUAAUUCUGCUGGGAAGUCAUCUUCCCAUAAUAGCACAGGCUUUGGUAGAACUCUCUCAAAGAAAUCUCUGGAUAUGGCUUUGAGGCACAUGGAUAUAAGGCAAAGCGUUUCAGGUAAUUUACGCCCCCUCAUGACAAACAUUCCUGCCUCCUCUAUGUACAGUGUGAGAUCAGGAGGAUCCUCAAAAGGCAGGACAAUUAGUGUUUCGGACUCUCCUCUUGCCACAAGCAGUAAUGCUAGCUCUGAACCAAGUGUCAACAAUAGCUCCUUUUUUGCUGAUGGGAUAGAAAUGGAAGACAAUGAAUUUGGAAGCGAGAGAGGAAAUUCCUCUCCUUCCAGUCAGCAUGGCAGGUGA